GUUCUUCGCGGUGUUCGGUUUCCAAUUGAGUGUGUGUCCUGUUAUAAAACUCCCAGAAUGUUGGUGGGCUUGGCUCCACAUUCCAGAGGUCAACAACUUUAGAGAAGACAAAAAAUUGGACAAGGCGCGAAAAGGCCAAACUGUUUUAUGUGUCGAACGGGACACCCCGUAGAUUUCCAGCCACCCACACACACACACAGACCAUGAAUAAUGGCUUCGUUUGGUCGUCGGAUAUCCUCUCGCAGACAUUUGCGACUGCUCAGCGACCACCCUACUAUGGCGGUGCGAGGCGCAUUUUAGGAUACGGCCAAUUAUAGAUGUUCUGGCUUCAUCAGAUUUCCUCCGUCGUAAAAAGGGCGACUUGAGUGUUUUCUUUUCGGAUCUGGAAAAAACAAAAGAAGCAACAGAAGGACAGCGUGCAAUGAAAUGAGAAGAACGUAUUGCGAUUCAGGUAUAUAAGGAUGAUAGUUCCGUGUCUGCUUCGGAAAUAGCCCUAGUUGCAAGAACAUCAUCUUGUCCAGCAGUUCUCCUGAUUUCGUACAAAUCCUCCUGUUCUAGAUGGAAUUCGUUUUUCUUUUGCUAUCGGCUGUCUUUGCCGUUUCUCAGCAAUUCCAUCACCAGAUCGGACAUCAUUGGCAUACAUCUCGAUUUCCACUGCCGUCGGUCGCUAAUAAUCGCCCGCCAAUCUACUACGAUUAUCUUCAGGCAUCUCGCCAUUUCGUGCCAACUAAUCGUCAUUAUGCCGAUAUAAAUGAGUUGUAUCCGAGUUUCGUUACAGUGGACUUCAUAAACGGCCAUGAAUUUGUGGACGUCAAUUCAAGAAUCAAAGGAUCGAAUGGCCGACGGCCAUUGGCCCAUCAGCAGAUGCACGAACCACGUUUUUUCUUCGGCAAGAUCGCUGGCCUCUAUUCAGAUCGUUUCACUAAAACGGCCGUGUUCACUGUCACGUCGUCUGUGACUCUGACCACCAUACAAUCUUGCGUUGCAGCGAUUAAUGUUUUCGAUACUGGCAAAACAACGUUCUGUCGUCGCAAACGAGAUGAUAUGGAUAAUGCUGAAGGCAAUCAAUUUGAUAUAAACCCUUCGCAGCCAGAAGAAGUCAUAUCAACUGCCCUGCCGUUACUGGACUUGACGUUGGAUGACUACAGUUUUGGCAAUGACGCACUUUCGUCUGCUAACGUAGGCAAUGACUAUACGUUUGAUGAUGUCACGACUUCGUCAAACAAUUUGAUUCAAGAUUCGUCCAUCGGUCAGGUACCGACAUCAACCACGAUGUGGUGGAAGAAGUUGAGAGGGAAAUUGUUUUUCGACUACUCCUUGACGUCGAUAACAGUUACCAGUUACUCGUUUUACUCGAUUACCGUCACGAAAACGGUGGCCAUCGCAGGUGAAUCUGAGGUCAUGUGUUUGCCAUCAGAUUGGGUCGUUUGUUAUUAGAUUUUUAUUCUUCCAUGAAUCAAUAACUGGAAUGAAGCCUCAACCGUGUUUUUGAACUGCUGGUUGUUGCUCGCAAUUCUGUUUAAAAAAGAGGCGCAUUUUAAUAUUUGUCAUCUGGCGUUUCCAUAUGUUUAAU